ACUUCCUUUGGCCACGAGCUUAAUGAUAAAAGCCUUGUAUUAGUUAAGUUCUUGAAUAAAAUGGCGAAAUAAUUACGUGCUAGUGCCCGAAAAUUUGUUGACGAAAAAAUGAUAAAAGCCACAGUAAUUUUGUGCUCGUUUCUCUGUUUGCUGGCGCAACGUUCUUCUUGUGCUAGGGGAAAGAAGGAGGACAAAACAGUAUGCCCGAAAGUAAAGGCUAUCAGGAAUUUCGACCUGGAGGGACUACUGCAUCAGUGGUACGUGAUUGAAUACUACGCCAGCUCAGAAGAAGCUUUAUCUUACCGAUGUAUGCGCGCAGACUUCACCAUGUCCACAUCAGAAAUCAUCACGAUGAAUUUCACCUACAGUUUCACCGAUGAUCCCCUGAACGAGCAACUUUUAGGCAAUAUCACCUGGAAUAUACCGAAUCCUGCUGAACCCGCUCAUUGGACUCACUCUGAAGAUACAUAUGAAGGCAUUUACAAUACGUUUGUCCUGGAUUCCGACUAUAUUUCCUGGGCUUUAUUGUUGCAUUGCGCUGAAAAGGCCAAAGUCCCCAGAUAUUUAUCAAGUUUUAUUAUGAGCCGAGAACCCACAUUAGGAAUCAACGUAAUUGCCUAUCUAAGAGAAAAACUACCGCAAUACGACAUCGAUCUGUCCUUCAUGUUCGAUAUGAUGCAAACGGACUGUAAUGAGACGAGUUUUGAAAAUAUUCCUCCAUCUCUGCUCGCUAACAUCAAUCGGCCCGUUCAACUAGGCGAACGCCGACAUCCCAUGAAACAUGCACAUGGCUAGAUAAAGCAACAGGACAAGUGCUGAGUUAUAGGCGAAACAAAACACAAAUAUUUUAAAAUCAAUCGAAUUAAUAGUUUUAAUAAAUAUAUUUUAUUUAUUAAGCCUA